AUGUCGAACGGCGCUCAUAUGUCAAACUCACCCCCUACUACACCCAUUGCACCUCGAGGCCGUCGUGCCUCGAUCACAGAGAUGUUUGCUCGGCCCGGGAACGCUGCACCCCCGCCAUUGAACACCAAUACCUCGAGUACUACCGCCCCUCUCUUUACUGCAGCGGCAUCAAACGCUCAACAACAACCACAUCGUCGGCGAAUGUCGAUCACCACACUUGGACUAUCCGGUUCCCCCACUAACCAGUCUGCUCCCUUUGGACAGACUGCGGCGACAACCACGCCGACGGCAGCAGCUGGAACCACGGUACCUCCUCCCAAUGGCCGACGCCGACGAGGAAGUGUUUCCAGCUCGAUUCUCUCGAGUUCUCCAACACGGGACCAGGCGGUUGUCGAGGAAGAGGACGAAGAAGACACACCAAUGCCAACAUCUCCACCCCCAUUUGCAAGACGGGUAUCCUUCAGCUUCCGGGACCGGGCCGCCAGUUUAAAUGGUAUAUAUCAAUCCCUUUCCAUUCCGGAUAAGCACUCAAUUCCCUCAUUCAAACAACUCAUUAUCACCCCUAGCAUUUAUUGCAGGGGUGGUAGCCUUGGCGAAGGCUUCAACUGGCCAGAAGCUCUUCGAUCCAGAGCAGAGCGAGCUCCGUCCCUGGCCGGAAGCUUCUCCAUGCAUCAGCAGCAGCAAGGGCAGGGGCAUGGGCAGGGGCAGCAACACCCGUCCUCUGUCUCUGGCUCUUCGACGUCCAACACUUCCCCUUCCUCGUCCCCAUCGCUCUCAUCUUCCUUCUCAUCGGCCUCGUUCCCAGGCAAACAUCACCGAUCGGCUUCCGUUGCUACUAUGGAGGCGUACAAGCCGCCACCAAAGGAGCUACUAGAGCGUCACCCCUCUUCCCCUCCACCACCUUCACAGCAGCAGAAGCCUCCGCAGCAGCAGCCCAAGCCACGACCCAAGCCGGAUUACUUCCAGGAGAAGAUCUUGCGUGCCGAUUUCAUGGAUUGA